GUGCGUCGAUGCGAUCGAUGCGAGAGCGUCGGUGAAGCGGGCUGAGAGUUCUGGUAUAAUUGCGCGUCCGCAGAAGACGUUGCGCAGACGUUCAGCCGAGGCUGAGCAACGGAUCCACGAAGAACAGGACUCAUUGAGAAGAAUCUCCUCUUGAGCAGCAGCAGCAGCCGCCGGAGAGAGGACAGCAGAAGCGCAGAGGAGUGGAAGGAAGGAAGGGAGGAAGGAAGAAAACAAUAUGGCGGCCACUUUGAAUCACAUCUGUCAAAGCUCGUCGUCCGUGCGGGUAUUGGCUUUGAAUGGAGAGGUUCUUGAUGCUCACAAAAGCAGAUCUACCUCCGUCGCGGGCAAUGUGCACUACUCUCUGUCUGUUGGCUGGGGAGCCCGUCGACUACAUGUAAACAGGAAAGCUUUGAGUGGGAAGAAGUUUGGUCCAGCACCUGCAGCUGACAUCAGAGCUACGAGUGGAGCGGAAGUAAUCCAGCAGAAUGUGCCCGCAACGUGCGAUUUGAAAAGCUUUCAAGAAGCUGUGGAGAAGUUGGAAGUUGAUUUGGUGACGGAGGCGGACUUGAAAGAAAAUGGUUUCCGAAGCUCUCGACGAACCAAAAUUUGCUGUACUAUUGGUCCAGCUUGUUGCAGUUUUGAGCAACUUGAAGCUCUGGCCAAUGGAGGGAUGAAUAUUGCGCGCCUCAACAUGUGUCAUGGCACGAAGGAAUGGCACAAGAAUGUGAUUAAAAAUAUUCGCCACCUGAAUGCUACCAAGGGAUACUGUGUGGCUCUUAUGAUGGACACAGAAGGAAGUGAAAUCCACAUGGGAGACCUGGGCGGCACAGCGUCUGCUAAGGCUGAGGAUGGUGAGGAGUGGACUUUCACAGUGCGCCAAUUUGACGGACCUCUUCCUCCUUGCACUAUUCAAGUUAACUACGAGGGAUUUGCUGAAGAUGUGAAAGCAGGAGAUGAGUUGGUGGUAGAUGGUGGACUGGUGAGAUUCGAUGUUUUAGAAACGAUAGGGCCGGAUGUAAGGUGCAAAUGCAGUGAUCCAGGCCUGUUGCUCCCCCGUGCAAAUCUCACUUUCUGGCGAGACGGUGAGCUCGUUCAGGAGCGUUCUGCUGUGCUUCCUACCCUCUCGUCCAAGGAUUGGCUUGACAUCGAUUUUGGCAUCUCAGAGGGCGUCGACUUCAUCGCUGUGUCUUACGUGAAGUCGCCUGAAGUAGUAAAACAUCUCAAAAGCUAUAUUUCAUCCCGUUGUCCAGAGGGGUCAAUCGGUGUGUUUGCGAAGAUCGAAGCGAUCGAUUCCUUGAACUGUUUGGAAAGCAUUAUACGCGUUUCGGAUGGAGCUAUGGUGGCCAGAGGUGAUUUGGGAGCUCAGAUUCCACUGGAACUGGUGCCUUCUGUGCAGCAAAAGAUAAUUGAUCUUUGUCGAUUUUUGAACAAGCCGGUCAUGGUUGCCUCUCAAUUAUUGGAAUCCAUGAUCGAAUACCCAAUUCCAACUCGGGCUGAGGUAGCAGACGUCGCAGAGGCAGUACGACAACGCGCAGAUGUUUUAAUGUUGUCGGGGGAAUCAGCGAUGGGUUUGUUCCCAGAAAAAAGUAUUGAAGUGCUGCGAAAUGUGAGUCUCCGCAUAGAGCACAGCUGCCGCGAAGAUAAAUCAAGAAAGUAUAAACCUCUGCCAGAAUUGUAUACAGCUCUUUCCGAACGCAUAUCAGAGCAAAUCUGUAACGCAGCAGCGGAGAUGGCAAACAAUCUGCGUGCGGACGCCAUCUUCGUCUACACAAGACAAGGCUACAUGGCAUCCCUUCUAUCUCGAAACCGUCCUGAUUGUCCGAUCUUUGCGUUCACUGAGACAAGGGAUGUUAGACAUCGCUUGAAUAUGCAAUGGGGUCUUCUACCAUUCCGAUUGGACUUUUCUGAGGACAUAGAAAGUAAUCUGCGCAGAACCUUUGCUCUUUUGAAGGCAAGGGGAAUGAUGAAAGCUGGGGACCUUGUGAUUGCGGUAUCUGAUAACCUCUUACCCACCCAACAAGCAAACAUGCUGCAAUCGAUCCAAGUGCGGAGGAUACCCUGAGAAGGGCAACCAAAACGCCUAGAUUUCUCAAUGAUCUACACAUUGCGAAAACGGAGUCAGUUGUUUGCCAACUAGAGUUCGGUCUGAAGGGUUUGGAGAAAUGUUGUGUUCAAUAAAUCUACUUAUUUGUCCUCUGUUUUAAGCAAUUUUUUGUUUCCUUUGCUGCCUCAAAGUGGUGGCUAGUAUCAAAUGCACAAAAAAUUGCCGGGCUCGAUGAUAGAUGCAGCCAAAAACAUUCACUUGUUGAAUACUAGACAUGGAAACUGUACAACGAGGUACCGACUUGAGAGACAAGUAACACAUUUUGCUGUGAGAAAACUAGAGACUGAUACCGACUUGACAGACAAUUAACACAUCUUGCUGUGAGAAAACUAGAGAUUGAUAGUAUAGUUCAUAACCAUAUUCAGCGGAGCGUUGAGCCAUGGGUCUCUUCGUUGAGUCCUCUGAAGGACGCCAAUCAGAGUGGAUGCAGAGAGAACAUGCAAAUCAUUAAUGUAUGCUUGUAUUUUCAUUAUUAUGGUAUUUUUGACCUCAAUCAAG